AUGAACUCGAGGAAUAUGCGGUCAGGCCUCUCACACUUUGCUGAAGGAGCUAUUGUGGUGCUCCUCAACUAUCGUAAUCGAGACCUAGUUGAACGCACAAAGGAUCUCAUUGUCGAGUACGUCGUCCUUUCGCUAUGGUCUGCCGCGAGGCUUGGCGUGGAAGAAACACCUUUGCUAAAUGUGGAUGAACGACUGUCCAAGUUUGUAGUUGCGACAGCAUGUUACCCCAAGCAGAGCAACGAGUCUCUAUUCCCUGAGAGCGCCUUUCUGGAGAGACUUGAGGCUCUGAUGGAACCAGCGACUCGCGAAGUUAGCUUGUCAGAUCAGGCUGGUAUCUUUGUUUAUGCCUGCCUUGGUAGGUUAGAGACACUUGUUCAGCUACUCGUGGGGACUUCCAAAUCAAGUCUCGCUCCCGAUGACAACUCGAUGAUGCCGCCAGGUCCGGUGCACCAAGUAGACUUCUGGUAUCUGACCAGCGAUGACCGGAGACGCACUUCCAACCAACGAUUCUGCCACCUCCUACCCGCCGAGCGUGAGGUUCAGGGCGUAAACCACCGUCAGCCUGAUCCUCAAAGGCUUGUGAAAGACUACGUCACCGUGUGGAGCGGAGUAUCACCGUUGCGGUGUCCGCGACAGUUCACUAGGGGAUCCUGCACCUUGGAUAACCACAGCCGGGCGACGACGAGCGAUACGACAUGA